AUUUCCACUGCAUUUCACAUCCUAGGAAAUAAUUUCAGAAAUUAAAACCAAAUGUAUUAUUUAUUUUAAGAUAAUUUUGAGGAUUCCUUUGCCUUCCAUAAGUGAAGAAAUAUCCCCAAAAGUUCUUUCGCAUAAGAAUAACCAAAUUAUAUGCCGAUUCCAUUGUUUCAAUGUGAGUAAUUUAAAAUUUAUAGCGAUUAAGUUGUAAAUAGAUAAUUUGGGUUUAUAAAGUAAUUGUAGAAGUAAAAAUCUGUGGCUGAAAGGCAUAACAACAUAUCUGAAUUUGUCAUCAUUUCGAUAAAAAUUAGUUUGAAAAACAAGUUAGUUGUUAAGACAAAAUGCGUUAUAUAUCUUGGUUAGGUAGAUUCGAAUCUUUCGGAAGCGAAUUUCAAAUUUUAAUGUCGAUAAAAUUAGUGCGUAAAUAACACAAGAACUCCAUGACACCAUUAUACAGCUGAUCACAAAGCAGCAGCUGUUAGAUUAACAAUAUUCCUCAAAAUAAUCGUCAGAUUUUGGACUAUCAUGACUGAAGACAUCAAGCUGAACCAUCUGUAUAAAAAUCUGACACGCUCGAGUAUUUCAAGAUGACGAUUUUUUUUGCAUUUUCAAAAAUUUGCUACGAUCUUGUUUCACUUCCGAAACAUCAGUCUUUUGAAUGGGAGCAUUUUUAGGGUUCAUUUAACAUCCAAAUAUCUGACGCGCUCGAAUAAAAUUACAGUGGAAUCCGUUUAUAACGACUUCGCUUAUAAGGACCUAUGCAGACCCUUUAGUUUGGUUUAUAUAGAAAUUACUGCUGCGGUGAAUUCAAAUGUUUUAAAACCAAAACGCAUGAGGACAUCUUCACACGAAGAAAUUGAUCGAACUUUAUUACAGUGGUUCAAGAUGCAACGAAACAGAGGAAUUCCUGUGAAUGGACCUAUAUUACAGGAAAAAUCAAAUUUUUUUGCAUCGCAGUCUAAUAUUUCAAAUUUUACUUGUACACCGAGUUGGAUUAAUAGAUUUAAAACGAGACACAAUAUUGUUGUCGGUAAGAUAAGUGGAGAAUCGUUGUCAGUUAACCAAAAUGAUGUAAGUGAUUGGCCGGAAAAAGUGUGGCCAAAUUUACUUAAAAAGUUUACUGAAGAUCAAAUAUUUAACGCUGAUGAGACAGGGCUGUUUUUCAGAUUAACACCAGACAAAACUUUAAAAUUUAAAGGUAAAACAUGUGCGGGUGGCAAACUCUCGAAAGAUAGAAUAACUGUUAUGGUUGCAACGAACAUGAGUGGUUCAAUUAAAAAAAAAACUUUUAGUUAUCGGUAAUUCUGUGAAACCAAGGUGUUUUAAAAAUGUAAGAUCAUUACCAGUGGAUUAUAAAAAUAAUAAAAAAGCUUGGAUGACGUCGGAAAUUUUUGAAAACUGGAUACGUUCUUGGGAUCGUGAGUUACAAAAAAUAAGGAAAAGAUCCUACUUCUAGUUGACAACUGUCAAUCGCAUACUGCAAUCGGAGGACUGAAAAAUAAGACUCUUGCGUUUCUUCCCCCUAACACUACUUCUGUAUUGCAACCAAUGGAUCAAGGGAUAAUUCGAGCACUGAAAACAAAUUUUCGUAAAAACCUUGUUUUGAAAACGGUUGACAAUUUACUUGACGCAAUUUUAAUGAUUUACGUUGCAUGGACAAAAAUAUCACAAGAAACAAUUUCAAAUUGUUAUAAACAUGCCGGAUUUUCUAAAAUAGACGAAAAUAUUCCCAGUACGUCCACGGAUUUCAUUGAAGAAGUCGAUAUUCCAAUUUCAACUUUGGUGGAAGCUACCGAUUUUUCUAUAUCAUUGACGAAAGACAGCUUUGAAGAAUAUGUCGAUUUCAAUAAUGAACUUAUCACAAGUGAAGAUCCAUCAGAUGAGUCCAUUGUACAAUCUCUAAAAAUGCAGGACAUAAUCCCUGAAAACAACCAUAGUGACGACGAUGACGAAUCCGAAAUGCAGGACGAUGAGAUAUGUCCAACGCCUAACGUAUCUGCAGCAUUAUUGAAUGCAAAUUUAUUAAGUACAUUUGUCCAUUCUACUUACGAUGAUGACGAUAUUAAAAUUUCUAUGUCUCGCCUUCACAAUGCAAUUCGUAAAUCUUACUGUGAGGUAAAAGUAAAGGAGAAACAAACAAAAAUUACAGAUUUUUUUUAAGUUCUUAGUUUUAUGGUACAAGUACGAUUUUCCUAUUUUAUCAAGUACACUGUAUAUAAUCUAUCUAUAUUAAUAAAAUCAGACUUUUGUCUGUACAUUGCUUCAAAUUAA